AUGAAUAGUGAGAGAGGACUCUUGGCUGCCUCUGUCAUUUCAGUCCAGAACUCCUGCUUUUUCUAUCCUGCUUGUCAGAAAUGCUUUUCCAGGCUGGUGCUGGAUUCUAGGAGGUUUAACUGUCUAAAAUGUGGCUGCACAGGUGAUGUUGAAGAUGCAAGCUACAGAUACAGGUUGUCCCUGAAGAUUGCUGACACUAAUGAUUUGUUUGACGUUACUGUGUUUGGAAGUUGCUUAGAUCCAUUCUUUGGGGUCACCGCAGAAAAUCUGCAGAGGUAUAUUCAAGACCUAAAUCAGCUGUCAGGAGAAACAAGUGCAGAUACAUCUCUGGGAGUGUUAGUUCAAGCAGUGGAAGCCUGUUUCAUCGGAAAAAGAUUUAUAUUUGGAGUGAAGGGUUGUGCAAGGGAAGAUGGAGGGCAUUCUGCUGCCAGCAGCGUCUUGCAAAACUGUUCCAGAAUUAAUAGAAGUACAAAAAAACUUACAGCUUGCCAGAUCUUCCUGCCAAACACUGCUGUUACCGGCUUUACAGUUAUCAGCUACUUCCAUCGGCUUCUGCAGUCGGCAAAAUUCAAGAGCUGUAGUAACAGCUCUGACUUACCUGAUGUGUCUUCAGCUCCAGUUGAUGAACCUGUCAGCGAGCUCAGCAGCUUGUCUAGCCUGAGCAGAAACUCCUGUUUUGUUCAUUCUAGUGGCAGAGAAAGUUUUUUAGGGUCCUGGCAGCCGUCCUUCAGCCUGACUUCAUCUGUUGCUUGGGUAACAGCGGAAGACUUUCCCACUCUGGAGGUGGGAAAGCUGGUGAGUGAACAGCAUGAACAAGAGGGGAAGCCUGACUCUGUAGAAUUGUGCAAUGUAAACCUCAACAAUCAAACUCCUUGGGAUUCACAGUUCUGCAGCUCUUCUGUGAAGGAAGGGGAUAAAGAGGAGGAUAAUGAAUUGAGCUCACAGGCUCGUCAGACCAACAGUGUCUCUGCAACUGAUAAAUCAGAGAGAGUAUCCUCUUUAGAGACUGAGUGUUCACAUGGAAACAAUUCCACGUUGUUACAGCAUCCCUCGGAACUGAGGGGAAAAAGCAUUUACCUAAAGACUCUGAGUAGAAAUUAUUCUUACCCAGAAAAAUCCCACAACUGCCUUUUUUACAAGGGAGAUGCCUCAGCUUCUAAUCAUGUAAAUGCAGCUGGGGUGUCUCAGAUGGACUCUGUGCUUUGGGAUGAGCUCCCAUUCUCAGAAAGCCUAAAUGAAUUUUUAGCCAGAAUAGAAGAUGGUGAGAGUGUUGUAACAUCACUCAGCCCUGAUGCAGGCAAACAGGCCCUUACUGAAAUUAGCAAAUUAGGUGUAAAUCUGAACAAAUCGUAUCCCAGGCAAACCCUAGUAGCUGGUGAUUUGCCAGAAGGAAGCAUCUCAGCAAGCUUCUUGCCACCAGUAGAGAAUGACAGUUGGGAGAACACACUGUUUGCUUGUCUUCAGUCGGAUGCAAAUCCUCCGAGUGGUGACGUGUCACAAUAUGAGUCUUUCUCUAGUGAUCUACCUUCAGCUGACAAGGAAGGGGGAGUGUCUUGCUUUAUACCUAACCCUCAUCCAACUGCUCUGUCUCAGUCCUCACCAGUUACAUCAGAGCCUUCUGUUUCCAAGGGUGUAUAUGUACGGUCCAAAGAAGCAAAUGUUGACAUUUCAAAAUCAUCUUGGUCUUUUAUUCCUCUGCAGUGUGCUGCUGGACAUGGAGAAACCUCCUGUUUAAAAAGGACCAAGGUGACUACCUGUGUGCAGUCUGUGCACGAUAGCUGUUUAACUAGUUGUGAAAACCAAGAAAAUUCUACGCCAAGCCAAAGAGUGGAUCUUACCUUCAUGAGGACAUGGGACUCUGAUCCAGCAACUCCUAACAAUAAAAGAAGGAUAUAUAAAAGAGAAUUAAAACCACUGACAGAACUGUCAGAAAACGCAUUCAAAAUUGUUAAUAGGAGAGAGGUGCCGUGGAGUGAUAGCUUCCCCGAAGGCAGCUACAACGCUUCUGCUGAUCUCUUUGAUGUGAGAGAGGUAGCAAAACCUGUAGAAUUCUUAAAUAAAUCGUGUAAUUCUUUACUAGAGGAAGAUACUUUGACAGAAAAGGUCACACCUCCUGAACUGGUGCUUCAUCCUGGAGAUACACCCUGUAGAAGUUCAAAACUAAGCUCAUCCCUCUUACCCAGGUCCUCUCCUGAUUUCAGUCAGCACAGCACACCGGUCGCUUAUUCCUUUUGUGAGUCAGGAGGCAAUUCAGUUUGCACUCAAGACUUUGUUCCUUAUUCACAGUCGACUCCUAUGACAAAACCUCUCCAGAAACUGUGGCCUGCUGGGGAAAGAAGCUCUUUCAUCACCAUCUUCACCCCUAAAAAUCCCACUAAAAUCCAUUCCAAAGGCAAGAGAUCCAGGUCUUCCUUUCAAAACACACUGUUGCAGCAGCUCACUGGCAGGUUGGUGAAAUGUGAAAGGCCAAGUAACAGGGAAGACAAGGAAAGCAGUAGCUCUCUUUCACAGCAGUUCCUUAACAGCCAACUGCCGGCCGACUCUGAAGAGUGGAUCCCUCCAUCUGCAAAUAAAAAGCUGAAAGCUUCUGCAUCUUCAAACUUCAAAGCAGUCAGCCGGGCUACUGACUUGCAAUCGACCUGUGGGCACACUAGCAGGAAUCCUGUUUGUGAAAGGAAAGAGAGCAGAGAAAAUGAUACGCAUUUCCGAAAUGAGAGAUUAAAGCCUGGGGAUCCAGCCAGGAUUAUAACAACUCCUGUGUCUGCAGGUGUCACUGAGGCCUGGUUUUUAAAUGACACGGUCUUGGAAACUUGUUCUCCUUCAGAAGGCAAGAAUCUCCUCUCAAAUGCAAAUUAUUCAGGGAGUGUAUUGGAAGGGGCAUAUGGCUGGUCUCCCGAGUUGUUCUUCCAAACACAGACUCCUUUUUCCAAUAAGAAAAAAUACUAA